AUGCUUGUCAACAUAGGUACCUUGGCGGGCCUUAUCGCCCUGGGCCACGCGGCCGCCAGCGAGAAACGCGCCACCGAAGCGGCAUCAUACAGUUCCAACUCAGCGGGCAACUACAAGCUGUCAUCCAUCGCCGCCCCGGUGCAAGGCAACGGAAGCCCCGGCUCGGCAUCAACCUGGAAGCUGACCGUAGACGACACCUCGUCGGGCCACCGGCAGACGAUCAACGGCUUCGGCGCCGCAGUGACAGACGCGACCGUAACCUCCUUCAACACGCUCGACGCAACCACACUCCAAAAGCUUCUAAACGAGCUGAUGACCACCGACGGCGCAAACUUCUCGCUGAUGCGACACACGAUCGGCGCAUCCGACCUCUCCGGCGACCCCGCCUACACGUACGACGACAACAACAACGCAGCCGACCCCUCGCUGGGCGGCUUCAACCUGGGCGACCGCGGCACGGCAAUGGCCAAGCUUCUCGCGAAGAUGAAGACCCUGCAAUCCAGUCUCAAGAUCCUGGGUUCCUCGUGGAGCGCGCCGGGGUGGAUGAAGCUCAACGGCGUCAUCGACGGCAGCACGACCAACAACAACCUGAACGACGGGUAUCUGACCAGCGGCGGAACGGGCAGCACGGGCUACGCGAGCGCCUUCGCGCAGUACUUCGUGAAGUACAUCCAAGCGUACGCGAACUUAGGCGCCAAAGUCGACGCUAUCACCAUCCAGAACGAGCCGCUCAACAGCCAGGCUGGGUAUCCCACCAUGUACGUCUUCGACUACGAGUCGGCGGACCUGAUCGAGAAAUACGUAGGCCCUGCGCUUGCGCAGGCGGGCCUUGACACUAAAGUCUGGGCGUAUGAUCAUAACACUGACGUCCCCUCCUACCCGCAAACAGUCCUCAACAGCGGCGCACGCAGCUACGUCCCCGCCGUCGCCUGGCACUGCUACGCGACCGACGUCAACUGGAAGGUACUAUCGGACUUCCACGCCACGAACCCAGACACAGAGCAAUACAUGACGGAAUGCUGGACGCCGGCGUCGGGCGCCUGGCACCAGGCGGCGGACUUCACGAUGGGGCCGCUGCAGAACUACGCCGCGGGAGUCAUGGCCUGGACGUUGGGCACCGACGCCAACGACGGACCGCAUCUCUCGUCAGGCGGGUGCGCCAACUGCCACGGGCUCGUCACGGUCACCGGGUCCAGCAGCUACACGCUUAACACGGCGUACUACAUGAUGGCGCAGUUCAGCAAGUUCAUGCCUGCUGGUGCGGUCGUGGUGGGUGGGACGGGGAGCUACACGUACGACAACGGCGGCGGGGUGCAGUCCGUUGCGUCGGUGAAUCCGGAUGGGUCGCGGACGGUCGUCAUUCAGAACACGUUUGGAAAUGAUAUCUAUGUGACGGUUACGCUGGGUAGUGGGGGCGUGUGGAGUGGGAAUGUGCCGAGUGAGUCGGUGACGACCUGGGUGUUGCCUGCGUAG